ACAUAUACUCCUGCACCAUAACCCUCUCGCUGCAGAAGAUAAGUUGCUGUGUGAGUGCCCCUUGGGUUCUUGGAUGUCAGCUAAACACUUCCCUCCUCUUUUCAGGGCCAGGGGUGUCUGAAAAGCACAAGCAGCUCUCAGAGCCUGGAGGAAAAGAUGGAUGAAGUCCAAGGCAACAACCCGGGAAAACACAGUCCCUCCCAGAGGCAGCUGGAUUGGCAGGACAACAGCAAGACUGAAGACAUGGAGCAGCCAUCUUGCUCUACAAACCAAACCACAAAUGCAUCAUUCAACCAAAUCAGUACCAAUUCAGCUGUUUUCCCAACGGUUUCCAAGAUGGCUCAAAGUGACAAGGAAUGGUCGGGCCCUAUGUCAAAGCUUGAUGGCACUGCAGUCAGCUCACUGCCAUGUGGGGUGGAGAACAGAUGUGGUAGGAUGUGGCCAUCAGUAGGAGGUAGAGAUCAAGGAGCAGAUGAAGUAACACCUCUCAGCAGAGUGAGGUCACAUUAUCAGCCAUUGUUCUGUAUUCAGGUUAAUGAGCCACCCGAUGGUGUGAAGUUUAAACGUAAUGCAGCUCAUAGUAAUCACAGCUCUCCUGUUGGUGUAGAAACAGUGGACUCUCAGCACCAGCAAACACAGCCGCCAUGGUCUGAGAUGCAGCAGAUGGACAACUUAUCCAGUCAAAACAGCAUUUAUCAAGUACCCAGCAGUCAGAAGCAGGAGUCUGGGUCAGCACACCCCCAGCAGAAACAGCCCUGCCUCCCCUAUGCCUGUACCUUCUGCUCACGCCGUUACCCCCACCAGUGUCAGCUGCGCAUCCACGAGCGUGUUCACACACGGGAGAAGCCGUACCAGUGCACCCAGUGUGGUAAAAGCUUUGGCCAAUUCUGCAGCCUCAAGCGCCACCAGAUGGUCCACACAGGAGAGAGACCAUUCCCCUGCCCUCAAUGUGGGAAGCAGUUCUCCACCUCCACCAAUCUGAAGGUCCAUCAAAGUGUCCACACCGGGGAAAAGAGAUUCCACUGCUCCAAGUGUGGCAAAAACUUCUCCUUCCUCAGUAACUUGAUCCGGCACCAGGCUCUGCACACAGCCAAGUAGAGGACAAAGGGCAGGGAUGAUUUAAUUUAAUCUACUGUACCUAGGGGGGAAAAAUAACAUGAACAUAGUACAUUGUCUUUACACAGAAAGCAUUUUAGUUGUGCUUUUUUUAGAUGUGCCAUGUAUGUUAGAAACAAAUAAUGUUCCUUUUUCAGUCCAGCUGUCUUUGCAUCAGACUGCCACAACAUUAUAACUGCUGACGAGUGAACAACAUUGAUUAUCUUGUUAGUGCAAUGUCUUGCUGGGAGUACUGGCACUGAUGUAUCAUCACACUCCCCUGACAAGUGUGUGAGAAUAGGUAUUUGACUAAGCUCCCACAAUAGCUGUGUCCCAAUUCAGGGGCUGCAUCCUUUGAAGGAUGCGGCCUACAAAGGCUGAAGACUGGAACCAAGCAGCUGUUAGCCUUUAGAUAUGAUAACCAGGUGUUCCUGCCCAUAUCCCAACAUCCCAGAGCAUAGCUCCUGUAAUCUGUGACAGUGAUAAUGACUGAACUGUCUGGAAAAAAAUGGGAAAGAGAGCCAGAAAUUUUGCUAGGAUUUAUUUAUUUUAUCAUUUAGGAGGUUCAGCAGCUGGAGUUUAGGGCAAGAGGUAAGAUACACCCUGAACAGGUCACCAGUCUGUCGCAGGGUUAACACAGAAAGACAGACCCAGAUCUUAUCUUAAUGCUAAAAAUUCAUUGUUCUCCAGACCCCUGUAAGGCAGGAUUAACUGGAGUGUACCAGACCUGGACUGGUUCCUCAUCCAGAAGGACGUCAGGCCUCAUUUUCAGUUGAGCAUGGAUUCUGUGGCAGUGCUGCUUGAUCUACUGAACCAGGAUCAGAGGCCCUGGUUUUCCUUUUCUGGCUGCUGCGUGGGGCAUCCUACAGGAUGGUCUCCAGGGUGUUUGGGAUGCUUCAUUCCAUUGUCCACCACAUUGUCCAUAAAGUCAGAGACGAGUUAGUGGCCAUUCACCACCAGAUCACCCACCUCCCAAAAACAGUUGGCUGCUGCCAUGUCUGCAUCCAGAACUUCAAGUGGCACUGAUAGUCAGUUGGAGGAAACUGUUUCCGUCCAUCAUUCUAAAGGUGGUUUGUGACCGUCAGGGCCAAUGUAGAUUGGCUUGGUCAGUGCAUGACUCCAGGGUGCUCUGCCACAGCUACUCACAGUCACUCCUCCAAGGCAUUUUAUCCUCACCUGUUUGAAGGCAGGCAGUGGUGCUCUCUGGCAGGAUCAGUUAUCUGCUGAGGUGUCUGACCUGAAAGUGGUACCACCAGACAGUGACUACAGUUAGCUGCCAGGUACAAAAUUGUAAAUUUAGGAUUUAAAGUUCUUUGUUAAACUGUUUUGUCUGCUGUAAUGUAACUAGUAUUAUAGUAAUACUUUGUACGUGUCUCCUAUGAUUGCCUCUUGCCAAAUACAUCUUGGUGACACGGCAGCCAUUAAUUGAGCCAGCCCUGCAAACAAUUCAGUAGACAUUGGAAAGAAGUGUCCCAAAGCACCCUCUGCAGACCACCCUGUGUGAUGUUCCACUUGCUUGCCAGAAAAGAUGUGCCACAAGUCUAAGUUGUAGCACCCCAUCCAUGUCUCCAAUCCUGGUUCAGCAGAUUCAGCAAUACUGGCAGGGACUCCCUGUUCAGGGAAACAUCAGGCUUGUUGUCCGGGACCGGGUCAUUCGGGUUAAUCAUGCAGUGUCCUUUUCCAUCUGUAGGCAUUCUCUCAGCCUCCUUAAGUAGUCCAUUUCCUUCCCACUAGUAACCUCAGGCUCAAGAGGUCUCUCCCCUGUCUGUGAACCUACCACCUCUGCUACACGAGGCCAGUGUUGCUCUAUUGGUAGUGGUAGGCCUUUACCUUGAGUCCCUAGUGCUGAUGCCUCAGUCCAUUUUGGGUGUCGCCCCAUCCUCAGCCAGACCUUCACCUGAGCCAGGGUUGCAUCUGCCUCCUGCGGUUGCCUCA